AUGUCGCUCCCACAGRGUGGGCAAGAUGCCACUCUCGCCGCCACGUACGAGGCCCGCCCAGGUGCCAGCGAUGCUGCUCCUUCUGGUGUUCACAUCAACGAUGAACAACCAUUGAGCUCCUCGGUCAAGAACAAGUUGGAUGGCCUCGCAGAUUCAGCAGGGUCGACGAAGUCUGCUUCUGAGCAGGUCCCCUCUGCCCAGGGCGCUGGUAACGCUGUCAAGUCCGGCUUCAGCGCUCUACUUGCAGGGGUUAGCAAUCUUGCUUUAGGAGCCAACCAGGCCGUGGCACACAACGCAUCUGACUCGCACCCAGAGAGUGACAAGGUGGAAAAGGUGGACGACCUGCCCAUUCCGGGAGCUUUUGCAGACGCAACAUCUGAAACCGACAAUGCAGAGAAGGUGGACGACCGGCAGAUACCAGGAGCUUUCGAUGACGAAACAUCCGAUACCGAAGACAUUGCUGCUGUUAAGCGAGGUGUGAAGUCUGCUUUCGAUGCCUUACCCACUCCYCCCAGUGCUCAGGAUGUGACGAACUCGCUUCCCACCACGGAUUCCAUCUCCAAGCAGCUUCCUAGCGCGCCAUUGGGAUCCMUCACCAACCAGUCUGAGGCACGACAGACAGCAGAUCAAAAUGUGGAUUCUGUAGGUAACAGCUUAGAGCAAGGUCAAAUCCACCAGGAUGGCAUCGAUCACAUCAAGAAGCAACUUCACGGCCAAGGCACCGGUUCCGUUGCUAGCAACUCACGAGAAACACAGAUCCACCAGGAUGGUAUCUCUCAUAUCAAGGAGCAAAUAUACGGUCAGCGCCUCAACUCGGUAGGUACAAAUAGCACCACAAACCAUCUGGCAGGGCAAGUGCCUCUGGAGCCACGAGGUGUACCGCAGAUUGUGACGGAUAGCCAACGUCAAGCUGGCUUUGCCCCAGAAGCAUCAUCAAACGCCGAAGCCGUGGAAGAGAAGAAGCAGUUGGAGCAAGAGCUCAAACGCGAGGUUCCAGAGUCAACUAUCAAUUCAGCAGGUCCCACCGGUGCAAGUGCAGGUGUCGACAGAGGCAUUCCACAGGUCGUUGCCGACAGCCAAAAGAAGGCGGAUGCAUCACCAGAAGCCUCAGCCAACGUAGAGGCCAUUCGCGAGAAGCAGGAGGUUGAGCGGGAGCUCAAGCGUGAGGUUCCUAAGCAGCCUGCCACCGGCGAUAACUCAUCUACCGUCGGCCAAGCUGUAUCAGGAGGACUCGYAUCUGCUGGUGCCGCUAUCGCUGGUGCCGCUACCUACGCUCGGCAGAAGACCCACGAGGUCACCGGAACGGAUCCUGUCGCAGUGUUGCCCGAAACAGCCCAACAAGCGAUUGAUGGGAAGGUCACCUCCCACACACCGUCAUCGAGCACUGKUACGGGACCAUCGACCGCACAAAAUCUCACAGGCUCGCUUGCAGCAGGCGCAGCUUCCGUGGGAUCGGCAGCCGCAGGGGCCGCUACAUUCGCUCGCGAAAAGACUCAUGAAGCCACCGGCACAGACCCCGUUGCAGUGCUUCCUACCUCUGUCCAGGAAGGCAUUGGCGGGAAUACCACUGCCAAGUCUAACACACGCCACCCGUACGAUAACUCCUCGCACGUUACCCCCUCGCGCAGAGCUUUAAAUGUCAUGAUGGGUAUCCCUAGUGAUGGUAUAGACCUACACUCAGGCAUCCACAACGGCGUUGUAGGCGAUCACUUGGACGACGAUUCAAACGCCUCUCACCGCCAAUCAUCGGGAUCGCACUCUGGACACUGGCAGCCGGGUACUUCUGCGACAGUGGCCCAUGUUCCUUCGCUUCGAGACGUCGAUCUCAGUGCUGGGGUCAAGAACACUGUCGUUGGAAGCGGUGCCAAGGACAGCGGCAUUGUUGACCAGUGA